AUGGCCGCGACAACCUCCCCAACACGGUCACUAGACAAGGGAGAGAAGGAGACCGAUAGCACACCGUCGCCUGACCAAUUAUCAACCCCUUCUCUACAAGGCUCAAAACAAGAUGAUGCCGAGGCGAGCACUCCCACCGACGAGGAAGAAUACAAGCAUGAGUAUCCUGAAGGCUUCAGACUCACCUACAUCCUGACGGCCGUUGUCCUGGCCUACUUCCUGUGGUGUUUUCUCGUUUUCUUCCUCAUCUUCGAGGUGGGAUCGGCACUCUGCGGAGCAGCCCAGUCGUCUGUCAUGUUCAUCAUCGGUCGGGCUAUCGCCGGCCUGGGGUCUUCGGGCAUCGCCACUGGCGCCCUCAGUACCAUCGCCGCCGCACUACCAACCCGGAGACAGCCGCUUUUUAUGGGAGUGAACCUUGGCCUGAGCCAGUUAGGGUUGGCGACGGGCCCUAUCAUCGGAGGCGCCUUUAGCACGAAUGUCUCUUGGCGGUGGUGCUUCUACAUCAACCUUCCCCUUGGUGCUGUUGUUGCCGGGUGCCUCCUCUUCCAAGACGUCCCCGAGCCCAAACGUAAGCCUCCUGUGCGGCAGGUUCUCGCCACUGCCAUCAAAUCCUUGGAUUUGGUGGGAUUUGCCCUUAUUUGCCCGGCCGCCAUCAUGUUCUUCCUCGGACUUCAGUUCGGCGGAAAUCGACACCCCUGGAACAGCUCAACCGUCAUUGGUCUUCUAGUCGGGGCUGCGGUGACCCUCGUUGUCUUUUUGUUUUGGGAGUACCGCCAGGGAGAUGAAGCCAUGGUACCGUUCGCAAUGCUCAGACAUCGUGUCAUUUGGUCUGCAGCGAUGACUUUAUUUUUCGUUCUCUCCAGCAUUCUUGUUGCCGACUACUAUCUCGCCAUCUAUUUUCAAGUGGUUCUCGACGACUCCCCCCUGAUGAGCGGUGUCCACAUGUUGCCAGUCACGCUCGGAUUGGUUUUCUUCACCAUGAUCUCCGGCAGCAUGAUUGAAGUGUUUGGUUACUACCUUCCAUGGAUCCUGCUGGGCGGCACGUUAGCCACCGUCGGAUACGGAGUCCUGUCCCUCUUAACUCCGACUGCUUCCGUUGGGGCCUGGAUUGGCUAUCAGCUUCUUUACGGCAUUGGCAGCGGCACAGUGUCCGCCGGUCCCUAUAUAGCAGUCCAGAACCUUGUCCCCCCGGCACAGAUACCCAUUGCUAUGUCCAUCAUUAUUUUCUCCAUGAAUAUCGGCGCGGCAGCAUCCCUGAUUGGCGCGAAUGCCAUAUUCAGCAACAGCCUCCGCCAUGAGCUUCAGAAACGGGUGGCCGCAAUCGGUGUUUCCCCCGACCUUAUUGUUGACGCAGGGGUUGACUCGGUUCGUUCGCUUGUGUCAGGCCCCGCGCUAGCUGCCGCACUAGAGGCGUACUGCAAAGCUAUCGGCCAUGUCAUGUAUCUCGGAAUUGGCACCAGCGCCUGCAUUAUAGUGUUUGCCUGGGGCCUGGGGUGGAAGGAUGUCCGGAAAGUGAAGAAACUCAACGCUAUCACUGCGGAGAAGCCACAAGAGGCCCCUGGUCUCGACACCAAGCGGGGUGAAUUAAACGAUGAAAAUAGUUGA